AUGGAGUUUAAACCCCGCUUUCCACUGGCCAAGUCAAUGCCGAACUCUCUCGCCGUCAAGGCAGACAAAAAACGUGUUACGCCGACUGUUAUCCUUCGUGACCAACUUCCCAUCUCAACAUGGCUUCUUCUCGGAGCCUCCGCACAUGGAGUACUGUCGCUUCUUUUACCACAGAGUGGAGUCUACAUCAGCGGUAUAUUUCUCUUGGCUAUCGCCUUCCGCAUAUGCAAGACGCUCCUUCAAGCAUAUGGUAUUCUACACAACCCCGAAAUAGAUGAGGCUGUCCUGGGCAAGGUUUCAGCACAGAUUCCGGAUUUGGAAGGCAAUAUGCCGACACAACCCAGUCAAGAAGGAAUUGCCGUGUUGAUUUUGGGUAUCAAAUCAAACCACCCUCUCGGAGCAUUCGCUCCCGGUUUCAAACACAUUUCUGAAUCCUUCACGAAGAUGCUCAAUGUUCUCGACACUCCGGAAGGCCGCCAAAAAUACGGAUUCCUCAACCUGAGCUCCUACGUCGGCACCGAGGCUUCCACGUCAAACGAGAUCAUGACGAUCAGCUACUGGCGAAACAUUGAGGGCAUCCAUGAAUUCGCUCACGGUCCUGUGCAUAGGGAAAUUUGGGACUGGUGGAACCGUACUGAGAAGGAACACCCCUUUAUUUCCAUCAUGCAUGAGAUUUACCACGCCAACGGUCGAAGUGGUGCCCACGAAAAUGUUUAUGUUAACUGCAGACCUACCCUGCUUGGUGGAACCGCAUACCCCACCAAAGUGACUGGUGACAAGGAAGACUCGGAGCUCGCCUGGAGGAAUCCCCUUGUUGAAGCAAGAAGAGGAAUAUUGGCAACAAGCGAUGGCAGAUUGGGGAAGAAGUCAAACAAAUCCUCAGUAGUGUGA